AUGCCCUCCGGCUGUGGAGGGCCCUGGGGGCCUAGCGGCCGUGAGCUGCUGGCCUGGGUGCUGGAGCGGCCCCUACCCACCGGGACCAGUGACGGCAGCCCCCGGCUGAUGGAGAAGGGCCCACCUGUGCUUCUUGGCCGUGAGUCUCUGACAACAGUCCCAGACGCUGUCCCCAGCUGCCUUCUUGUGUGCGUUCAGCCAGACAUGGGCGUGGGGCGCCCACCGUGUGCCCGGCCCCGGUGGACGGGGAUCCCCAUAUCCAGGCUUCAGAAGAAACCCACCCCUGCCCAGCCUGGCCUGGCAGAGGGGUCCUCCAAGGUUGCCCAGCCGGGACUGACCACACAGGCCCUGGGUCCAGGCCCGGCUCCCCACUUCCUGGUCGAGGGCUCUGGACCAAGCCAGCCAGGUUCAGGCACGAGGAAGGGCGUGGAGAGAUCCACCAUGAACACGCUGCCUGAGCUGCAGUUCGCCCAAGAGUUCAAACAGGCCGUGCAGGAGGCCUAACCCCAGCUCUUCCUGGCCCUCCUCACCCAGAUGCACUACAUCUUGGAGCUGAACCUGCCCAAGGAGCCCCAGCCCGGCCAGGAGGCCCAGGAGGCAGCCGUGCCCAGCACCCAGAGCUGCAGCAUGUCGCUGGAUGCGCUGUAGAGCCUGCUGCCCGCCACCGGGCACUGGCAGGACUUCGCCCACCUGGAGCUGCAGGGGGCCUGGGACCUCUUUGCCACCACCCACACCGACCCACGGGGCGUGGGCCUCCUCGCCAGGGCCAUGGUGCAGAACCACUGCAAGCAAGUCACGGCGCUGAUCACCCAGCUGCUACCCAACCUACGGAGCCAGGAGCAGCGGGGGAGGAAGGCAGCCAUCCUCCUCCUCACGGGGUCCCUCUACAGCCCUGCCCUGCUGGAGGUGCUCCCCAAACAGGCUGCCCUGACCAUGCUGGCCCGAAGCCUCAGGGACCCCAACCCUGAGGUCUGCGUGCUGAGCCUGCAGGGCCUGGGAAACAUCCUCUUCCACCCAGAGAAGGAGCGGGAUGGAAUCCAGGCAGCGGCCAUGGCAUUGUUCGGGGAGCUGGUGGCGUCAGUGACAGGCAGAAAGCUAAGUGGCCUGAGAACCCAGGUGCACCAGAGCAGUGUGGCCCUGCUUCUGCACCUGAAGGACAGCUGCCGGGCCGUCGUCACGCAGGCCAAGCUCGCCUUCCACUGCGGGCGGCUGCGGCACACCCUCUCCUGCACGCCGGCCUGGGAGGCGAGCCUCGGCGCCCACCACUUCCUCUGGAGCUGCCUGCGAGCGACAGGUGUGCUCCCCAGAUGGAGCCACAGCCAGGAGGGGCUCAGCAUCCACUUGGCACAGGCCCUCGGCUACCCGCACAGCCGCCGUCAUCACAUCAAGACCUGGGCAGCGCUCUUCAUGGGUGAGCGGGGGCCGGACUCGGGGACCCCCGGGCCCGCCCCACCUGAGCGCCCUGAGCCUCACCCGCCCGCCCGGCGCCUGCCUCACCACUGCAGCUGGAGCUCGAGGGCCAUUGGCAAGAGGAAAGGUUAUACCAUUUGCCACCACCCCCAGGCCGUGUCCCAGAUGGUCAAGGACAUGGACACGAAGCUGCUGUUCUGCAGGGAACCAGGCAAGCCCCAGGAGACACUGGCAGGCCUGGGUGAGGCCGGGGAGACCGUGUCCCCCAGAGACAAACUGGGAAGUCUGUGCAGCACCCUGCAAAUGACAACCCCUCCCCUCAUGCAGAUCAGACAGAGCUUCCACCCAGAGCGCCUUGUCCACAUCCCCAGCCUGGACACCUCCACAAGCCCCAUCCCUCGAGGGCCUGCCAAACAAGGCCCCCUGCCCCUCGUCAGCCCCUCCUGA